CGGCUCCAGCUUGCUUGGUGUUUUGUUACUCAUCUUCAAUACCUCAAACUAAGCCACCAAUAAUGAACACUUGUAUGGCUGGUGAAACUAUUCUACUUUUCUUUUUUUUUACAUGUAGAUUAUCUUGAUAGCAUAACUUUUAUAAUUCUGUUAGAUAUAAUUUUCGAAAACAUAGUUAUUAAUUUCCUCCUUGUAAUAAACUACAAUCAAUAUAUAACUAGCUAGAUGAUCCAGUAAUCCACCUGAAAAUGAGACUGUGAACAAGUACAACACACACACACUAUGUGUGUGGUGUGUGUAUAUAUAUAGUAGCUAACUGGAGCGUAUUCACUUUUCUAAUAAAUACGUAACACUUAGCCAUAAUGGAUAGUAUUAAAGUAUAAACUAUCAAUAUAAGUUUUUUUCAGAACAUGUUUAAACCCUUCAUUAACACGGGUUUAAUGCAUGCCGUCUUCGUAAAGGCAACGGCACAUCUCAAUAAAAUAAUUAUAAAUUAAUAUUGGGCAACAAAAACUUUGUAAGUUUCAUAAAUUGUUACAAAGAGAUGAUUUACCGCGAGAAUCCAAUGUUUUUACGUGUUUCGUGUUAUGUUACAUGGAAUUUUUUUUUUUUUUGCAACUGAUUUAUGUUACAUGGAAUUUAGGAAUUUAAAGUUACCAUAGUAUUGUACUUUCGUAUACUCCAUCUAUUUCAGAAUGUAAUUAGUUUAACCUAAAAAUAGUAACAUUAAAAAAGUUAUUAGUUUAUUAAAAAGUAACAGUUAAUCAAUAAAUUCAACCAAUUAUAAAAAAACUAACAUUAUUUAAUUGGUCAUAUAAUAUUCAUUAAGUAAAAAGGGCAUUAAAAUAUAAAAACUAUUUAUGUUUUGAGAUAAAAAAAAAUUUGUCUAAAACUAGUUAUAAUAAUGAAACAAAGGAAAUAUUUUUCACAAUCUGUUUUAUUUAACAUUUUACCAAAAAAAAGGGAAAUAUUUUCAUAUUAUUUCGUAAAAGAAGAUGAAGAGAAAAGGAUCAAAUUUUGGCACGAAUCUCAAGACUAGAGGGUUAAGUCAAACGAGAAACCUUGAAGUGAGGAUUUGGUGUUGGACCCUCACGUGCGUCGCUCCACGGCCUUUUAGGAUUUUGCCUCUUCUCUCCUACGUGUGGUCUCCUCUGUUAUUUUUCUUUUCUUUUCUGUUCCAAUUAUUACUUUUUGUCAAAGACUCAAAACUCUACAAGGGAUUUGAGCUUUUCUCUCUCCUUCCCCGUUCCCUCUUUUCUUAUCUUUCACGGGGAGAAAUGAGAAUCAAGCUCCAGUUUUUGACCGGAUUUCUUUCCGGUAUAGCCACCCUUUGAUGGAUUCAUGUUCCAGCACAUGAUGACAUCCUCUGCGUGAUGUGGCUGGCUUUCGGUUCCGGAGUUUGACGGUCUUCUCGACGUAGCUUCCGACUUUGGCUCCGGUGAACACCUUUCCCUUCGGUGAAGCACCGGCUUUUGAUUCCAUCGACGCAGACGACGGGUUUCAAUCCCGGUGGCGUCGAUUGGUUUUAUCAAGUUUUGUUUCGUCUGGAUAAAUCUCUACAACGACUUGCUCUCGGCUGCGGCGGAUCGAGCUCUCUGGUUGGAGUUCCGGCGACUAUAACCGGUGUGAUUUGGUUCAAUUUGUCUAAGAUCGUCUCUACGGUUCUUCUUUCCGGACAUCCUGUUUCCGGUGUGUUCCGGUGGAUCGACGGGGAGCUGCUCCGGCGAUGAUCUCCUCGCGGUGAAGGCGACGGUUUGGUGCGACGCGUGUCUCCUCUUUCGUUGAGGCUUGGACACGUGGUUUUUCUUUCACGCAAAAUGAAACGCGUGGUUUGGUUGGUGUUGCCUCCGGGCUUAGUUUGUUGUUUGGGCCUCUGGGCUUUGGCUUGUUUUUCUUUUGUUUCUCUUUUUUGGGCCAUUUGUAUUUGUUGGGCUUUGUUUAAUAUAAUUCAGAUGGAAAAAAAAAAAAAAAACUCAAAACUCUACAUAUCUAUUUGUUUUGUGUAUUGACUUUCCUUUCUUUAACAUUGAUGGUUUCUUUAUCAGGAAAUCAUAUUCACAAUCACAAUGUACUAUAUAUAUACGGGCCAUAACUUGUUUUACCAUACAUAUAUUUACAUGAUUCUUUGAUGGAUAUGCAGAGUCAGAUAAAAAGGUGAAUUCUUCUAUUUUUGGAACUUUAUAAGCUUUUGUGUGUAUAUAAAAUGAGUGUUUACUGGCCAGUUCCGGUUGGACGCGGUGGGAUAGUCGGACUAAAUGAGAGGUCCGGAUACUUGGAUUAUCAAAAAAAAAAAAGAGUGUUUACAAUAUUCCAUCUCUGAACCAAUAUAAGUAACAAAAUAUGUAUGUAUAUAUAAGAAACUAGUGUGCCAAAAAUGCUAAGAAAUAACUAAAACAUGAGUAGAAAAUGCUCCAUAUUGUACACUCAUAUAGUAAUGCUCUCAUUUUAUCUCUCAGGUUAAUUAAUUUAGUAAUCAGGGAACAUAUUUGAGCUAAUUUUUAUGUCAGUUGUACUAUUCUAAAAACAAAUAGCACUAAGACUUGGUUAAAUAAAGUUUUAUUUGUAGCUAAAUUUAAUGAAACUGCACUGAAAUUCAUGCAUUAAAAAGUAGAUGGAAGCAUGAUUCAAGCUACGAUACCUCAAUUUUCUUCCCAACAUUUGACUGCAAUUUGAGGGUAUAGAAGCUUCAAUUCUUGUUUUGUUUUGUCAUUGGGAUACAUAAAUCAGAUAUUCUAUUAUAAUAUUACUGUGUAUUUUAAUAGUAUUCGGUAUUGUUUACUCGAAUCCUACUUAUUUUCAAAGCAAAUUAGGCAGUCUUAAAACAGAACAGCUGUAAUCCAUGGUGGUUAAAGCUAAAUUAAUUGCUGAAGAACAUCAUGCACAUUAGAAAUGUUUGAAGUUAAUUGAGUAACAAUGGAAAUUGAUAUGCAACAUAUAAUACGGUUUUAACUUAUUAAAAAGUAAAACAUAUAAAUACCACAAAAAAUCAGAACAAGCAACUGCCUAUUCUAAAGAUGAUAUUUAUUUUUAGUUUAUGUAUUUAUAACACCAUAUAAAGUUAUAAAUAUAUAUUAAGAAAAAGUUUAAAUGGGAAUGCAGAUACAAUAAAGUAAUGCUCAUAUAUUUCUGUGACCAGCUUUGGUUUAUCAAAUUGAAUACAAAUAAUAGUGGCACUAAUCCAUAGAAACUUAAGUAUCUCUUUCUCUUUCAUCUUUUUCUAUCUCAUAGAAGAAGAAAGAGAGAGAUAAAAACCUAAACAUCGUGCGGUUUAAGCUAAGAUAUCUUCAGUUUUGUAGAAAUUCAUAUUUGCUUGCUUCUUUGCCUUCUCACUUUCAUUGUCUUCUACCUCUUGCCUCUAACAGAAGCAAUACUUUCCGGCCUCCAAGGUUUGUUUUCUUUCCUUUUCCAUGUCAUAUAUCUUUCAUUGUUGUCAUCAUCGUCAUUUGCAAUACAUAUAUAUAUAUAUAUAUAUAUAUAUAUAUAUAUACUCGUACUCACUCACACAUAUAUGUGUACUUUUCACUUCAAGAAUCUCUAAUUUCAUUUCUUCUCUUUGUUUCCUCAAGAACAUGAUUAAGUCUAAUCAAGCUCUUUUAAGAAGAGACUGUUCGGUUUUCAACAACUCAAUUCAUGUUUCUUUUGGGAUAUUCAAGAUCUUUCUGGGUAUACCUAUGUAAGAAAGAUCCAGCUUAUGUUAGUGUAAAUAUGUGCAUGCAUGUUGAACUAGGGUUUUUUUUUAGAUCUAAGAACAAAUUCAUUAUACCUAUAUUUUGGAUUCUUUCAUGGUGACAACCCAUUCGUUGGUCAUGAUUUAUUUUCCGUUACUUUGACUUAAUUUGUGUUAUUAAUUAAAUGAAAAUGAUUAGGGCAAAGAAGAAAAAAGAAAGUAUAUUUGAUUUGCUUAAAGAAGAGUACAUAUAAUGGAGAUAGGCUCAUCUUCCACGGUAGCUGGAGGAGGACAGCUUUCGGUUCCUCCAGGUUUCCGGUUUCAUCCAACGGAAGAGGAGCUUCUAUAUUAUUACCUCAAGAAGAAGGUUUCUUAUGAGCCAAUUGAUUUGGAUGUUAUUCGAGAAGUUGAUCUCAACAAGCUUGAACCUUGGGACCUUAAAGAGAAAAGUAGAAUUGGGUCGGGUCCUCAAAACGAGUGGUACUUCUUUAGCCACAAGGACAAGAAAUAUCCGACUGGGACCCGAACGAACCGGGCCACUGCAGCCGGAUUCUGGAAGGCUACUGGUAGAGACAAAUCAAUACAUCUAAACAGCUCCAAGAAGAUUGAACUUUGUAAGACUCUUGUCUUCUAUACUGGUCGUGCUCCUCAUGGGCAUAAAACCGAAUGGAUCAUGCAUGAAUAUCGUCUAGACGAUAACGAAAAUGAGAUCCAGGAAGAUGGGUGGGUUGUAUGCAGAGUGUUCAAGAAGAAGAACCAUUUCAGAGGAUUUCACCAAGAACAAGAUCAAGAUCAGAAUCAUCAUCACCAAUACAUAAGCACCGACAAUGAUCAUGAUCAACAUCAUCCUCAUCAGCAUCGCACUGAAUCCAAAUCAAACAAUCAUUCUUCUUUCGUCCCACAUACUCUGAAUCAUCAUCACAUGGGAAGACAGAUCCACAGGCCAGUACAUGAGUUUGCAAACACUUUAAGCCACGGGUCAAUGCAUCUCCCUCAGCUCUUUAGCCCUGACUCGUCCCAGCCGUUUGUGUCGUCAAUCAACACAACAGAUAUUGAAUGCUCACAGAAUCUACUGAGGCUGACUUCUAACAACAACUAUGGUGGAGACUGGUCGUUUCUGGACAAGCUUCUCACUACGACCAACAUGAAUCAGCAAGUUCAGAACCAUCAAGCAAAAUGCUUUGGUGACUCGAGUAACAACGGUAAUAACGACCAUGCUGUUACUUCAUCCUCUCCAGAUAAUCAAAGGUUCCCGUUUCACUAUCUAGGAAACGAUGCUAAUCUUCUCAAGUUCCCAAAGUAGUCCAAUCAAAUUUGGUUUUGAUUUGAUCAGUCUCAUGCUUUUCAACUUUACUCUCUUCUUUAAGCUGUGGAACUUGUCAUGUUUCUGUUGCUGAACGAUGUUAUUUUAUAAUGCUAUGUUGUUUGCUGAAGAAUUCUAUGUUGUUUUCUGAUAUUUAUAAUUACUUAACCAUCAUUACGUAUAAAUUCUUUGUUGCUUUAGUUUUUUUUUUUUUUUUGUAAAACCACUCAAGAAAAUUACUUUAGAAUGAAAUAAAAAACUAGGUUUUGACCCGUGCGCCCGCACGGGUGUAUAUUUUGCAUAAUUAUAUAUUUUUGUUAGUUGUAGACUUGUAAGUUAAUGUUUCAUAGGUUAUUGAGUUCUGAUAUAUAGUGUAUCUUGUUCAUUUUGCUUGGUGUCGAAUUUUAAACUAUUAGUUGUAUUUAUUUUCAAUUGUACUUUUUUUUUACUUUUACUUGGUAAAUUAAACAAUUAAGUGUAAAAUAUUGGAGUAUUUUGUUUAGAUUGGGUGUGUUUUAUUAAAUUAUACUAUAAAAUUUGUGUGAUCUUUAGAGAUAAGCAUUACUUGGUUGGCAAGUUUUUUGAAAGAUAAUUACGUGAUUACGUUAGUUAUUUGAUCCCUUUUUUAAAUGCCGACUACGUACAAUUAGAAAACAAUAUUCUUUGUUGAUUUGUUUUUUAAUAAUCGUAAAUUUAUGAGUCGUUUUUGGAAUAUUUUCUCAUAUGGAAGGAAAUAAGUUUAAUUAGCUACGAUUUUAUAUGCAAAAUCUUAACGAAUAUGAUAUUUAAGGAGCAUAUUAUACGCAUAUACAAAAUAUACAAAAUUGAUAAACAAUAAAAAAUAUUUGACUUUGGGAACCAAAAUCUAAACCAUAAAACAAUCAAACCGUACCUUUAUUAUAAAAUUAAUAUACUAAAUGUUGGUAUGCAUAAUCAUAAAGAAUAUUAUUCUCUGUUUAUAUCAUGCAUAUGUAAUAGAAAAUGUGAAUAUAAUGGUGUAGAUACGUUUUGAUAUGAAAGAUAUUUUGUAAAUAUAUGUUCAAUCGAUUGGUUUGCAACGGGUUAACAGAUUUUGAAACAUUUGGUUAUUGAUUUUUUUGUGUUCGGUUGAUAAAAUUCUAAAUUUAGCAUUGAUCUGGGCAAUUAACAAUUUGUAAGUCCAAAACAAUGUUAUGGGUGGGUAAGAAAGACGAAAAAGCAAAAAUAUUUCAGAAAAAAAAGAAGUAAAAUGACAGAAUUUGAUGACAGUGGCAUAGAGAUGUAAUUUUUGUGCAACUCUAAGGGGUAAUUACUGUUUGUACUUCUGCCUUAUCUGUCUUAAUAGUUUAGAUAAGAGAUUUGUCAAAGGUUAUGUUAUUUUCUGAUAUUUAUAAUUACUUCAACAAACUCCAAGUUGCUUUAUAUUUAUUAAUUUUUUUUUGUAAAACCACU